GCGCCGCGGCUGGCGGGAUGGAGGCGGCCCUGCGGGGGUUGCGGGCCGGCUGCCGGCGCCUCCGCGGCGGGUCGGGUGCCCCGAGGCUCCGCAGCACCGGCGCGGCCCUGGGCGGACUGAGCAAGCCGCUGCUGGACCGCAUCGUGCGGGUGGACCACGCGGGGGAGUUCGGGGCCACCCGCAUCUACGCGGGGCAGAUGGCCGUGCUGCGCCGGACGGCGGUGGCGCCCCUCAUCCAGCACAUGUGGAAUCAAGAAAAGGAGCACCUGAAGAAGUUUAAUGAGUUAAUGGUUGCCUAUAGAGUUCGACCCACUAUUUUAUUGCCGUUUUGGAAUAUUGCUGGGUUUGCUUUAGGUGCUGGAACAGCUUUACUUGGAAAAGAAAGUGCCAUGGCCUGUACUGUGGCAGUGGAAGAGAGCAUAUCCCAUCAUUAUAAUAAUCAAAUCAGGAAACUAAUGGAGGAGGAUCCAGAAAAAUACAAAGAAUUAUUACUGAUUAUAAAACAGUUCCGGGAUGAAGAGCUGGAACAUCAUGACAUGGGGCUUGACCACAAUGCAGAAUUGGCACCAGCUUAUUCAGUUUUGAAGACUGCUAUACAAAUUGGAUGUAGAGCUGCAAUAUUUUUAUCAGAAAGAAUUUAGUGCUCUUUUUAUAAAAAGAUGGUAAUAAAUCAAGACAAAACCAGUGGACUUGUGGCUGUAGACAUUUAAUACAGUUAUUUUAUACUCUUUCAUAAAGUGCCUGGUUCUGCCAUUUUCACUCUUAUUAAGUAGUAUCUUGUCCAGCAAGCACUUUCAGUGAAGUCAGUGGGGCUAAAUGUGAUUAAGGAUGGUAGAAUCAGGUCCAUAUGGACUAAUUCUAAUGUGAAAUACAAUGUCUUGUUUGUUUUUAAAGCUGCUGGUUUUUCAAAUAUUCACAAGGUGGCAGUAAAGCCUAUGCAUAUUAGUCUUUGUACUAGUACAGACUUUAAAAAUAGGGGGAAUCCCCCAAUUUAUUUUGGAAAAAAAAUACAUUUAGCACUGACUGUUUUCUGAGUGUUCAUUUUCAGGAUAAGUAAAUGAAAGAUUGGUAAGAAUAUUUCUCUCCAUUCUGCCUUGAAUGAAGAUUGAUUAUUGCAGACCUCUGCUGUCAUUGGUAAAAUGACUGCUUUCAAUCUUGUAUUUUUGUUGGCCCAAACUUUGAGGUACUUGUUCCCUUUCAUCAGUGUGAGUUUGUUGUCAGUGUGGGCUCUUUGAUUAUUGAGAAGCAGGUGGAGACAGCAACACAGUACAUUUGGGUGUACCUAAUAUUUUCUCAGUGUUUACCUCUCCAUGAGCCUUUUUCCUACCUGGAUUUCUUCAGUAUUGAAUGAAUAAGGGUAUGCUGCAAGCACGGCUGGUGAACUCAGACUGGUGAGGCAGGUGGAGCGUUGCAAACUGGAGGGGUUGGCAGCUGGCCAGGCAAUCUGGCCGGUACUGUGGGGGCUGCAAACCCCCCAGCUCCCGGCUGGCUGCAACCUUCCCCCCCUCCCCCCCCCCCCCAGCUCCUAUGGGACGCUCCACCCUCCCCACCAGUCUGAGUUCACCAGCUGCGCCUGGCACGCUGAUUUCCUUAGGGCAAGGACAGAGGGUUGCCCAAACCGUACCAGCAUGGCAUGGAGCAAUUUAAAUUGGGCAGAUAAGAUUUCAACCACACCCGUUGGGUGCAUCCACACAUGCAAGCACGUGCGCUUGCAGCAGCUCAAAUAGAAGUGGUGCAAAUUUGAGCUGGGGCUUUUUACCUCAGCAUAUGUGCUCCGACAUGCACUUUGUUGUGGAGCAAAUUGUGCCACCUGGCGCAAAAUAACCCUGCCUGGCUGUUCCUGGAUCUGCAGCCAGGGGGAGCUAGAGCUAAAAAACUUCCCUGUCCUGGCCCCAUCCAUACAAAACGCUGCCCUGGCAAGCAGCUCAGGGCUACUUGCUUUCAGGAGCUUCUGGGGCCUGGGCACUUGGUACCUGGGGACACUACCCCUUGUCAGCUGAACUGCUGCAGCAGCAUCCCAAAUCCAGUUUUAAAAAUACCCCAAAAUCCAUGUUCUUCCACAGUUAAAACAAAAAACCACUCUACACCCACACACACUAUAGAGAGAGAGAGAGAGUGAUCAGCUGGGUAAUGCUUUAUUGGUAUAUUUAGUGUUAAAGCAAUUUGGAAGCUUACCAGUGUUUCUAUUAUCAUGAAAAAAUAAAUUCUGAAUACCUAUA